AUGCCUGCCGUUGGAGACCAACACAAGCCCAAUGGCAACGCCACUGCCAAUCCAUUUGAGGAACCGAAACAGAGAAUCAGCGAAUUUACGGCCCUAGAAAUCGCCACCCUACAGAGCCGACUGGACAAACAGUUAGGUCCGGAAUAUAUCUCACACCGGCCGGGCCCGGGUGGCCAGAAAGUCCACUAUCUUUCUGCGGACAAGUUGAUCAAUCUCGCGAACGAGGUCUUUGGCUUCAAUGGCUGGAGUAGCUCAAUCCAAAACAUACAGAUUGAUUUCGUUGAUGAAAACACACAGACUGGCAAGAUAUCCCUCGGCCUCUCUGUCGUCGUGCGAGUCACACUCAAGGACGGAACCCAUCACGAAGAUAUCGGUUAUGGGCAGGUUGAGAAUGCGAAAGGAAAAGCCGCUGCGUUUGAGAAAGCCAAGAAGGAGGGUACAACCGACGCUUUGAAGCGAGCAUUACGAAAUUUCGGUAACUUGCUUGGAAACUGUGUCUAUGAUAAGUCAUAUCUCGCCAAGGUCACAAAGUUGAAGGUCGGGACUGCGAAAUGGGAUCCGGAUGCUCUACAUCGACACCCGGAUUUCGCUCCCAAAAGAGAGGAAGUUGUGGCGAAGCCGAUGUUGCCUCAGACAUCCAAAGAAAUAUCUGCUGACUUUGAUGACACUUUUGAUUGUGAAGAUUUCGAAUUGGAAGAUUUUGAUGCCAUCGACAUGGCACAACAAGAAGAGGCGGCUCUGUCGACAGAAUCGACGGAUGGAAUCCGAAGGACCGCUAAUGGUGCAUCGGAUCGCAUGCUCCCACCGCCCAGAGCCGAGAUAUCAACACCAUCGAAAGCACCAGUGCCAGGUGCUCGGCCUGGAGCCGUGAGAUCUGCUGCGCCCUCAUCAAGGGGCAUAAUUCCCCAGCCUCUUCCUGGCCAGCGUCCUCCCCAGGUUCCACCCCAAACUGUCAGGCAGCCUCCCAGUGCCGACUCACGCGGCGCUGCUGAACAGACGCUUCGAUCCUCUUCUCCCAGUGUUGCGCCCGACCAUAUCGCUCGGCAGACUUCAUCUGAGAUUCCUCGUCCGGCAGGCUUCUACUCUGCGAGAGCAGCUCCCAACAUUGACGCCAAUAACAACUCCACAGGACCUGAUGCAGCUGCGGCACCAAAAUUCAACCCCCACGCUGAAAGUCCGUCCAUCCGCAAGACCUCUGGGGUCGAUCAUUCCAAAUCUGUUCCACUCAAACGCGACCUAAAACCCGACACAAACAAUGCAACGACUAUGAUCAAUCCUCAGUUGGACUCGAGUAGAAGGGUUGGAGCUCCAAGUCCAGGCGGUCAGCAUCCAACUAUACGAGGACCUACCACUUCGGCAUAUCGACCGCCUACACGGCGCGGACCUGAUACUGUCCCUUUGCACUCGAACCAGGCAGAGCAAGGUGCGACGGACAGCGGACAACAAGCGGCCAAGCGGACGCCUCUUGGAGAUUUAAGUAACGUGCAGCAUAGCGUCACAGCAGUCACUUUGGACGGUGCUGACGCAAAGCGACAAAGGAUACAAGACUCGGGGCAGGCUGGGAGAGGUGGCACGGUGAGCGAGACCGAAGCUGCCAGCUAG